AUGCCCUUCUAUGACUACGGGCUACGUCAGGUCAGGUGGCCUGGCACGACGUGCAACAGACCUGUGCCUGUAGCACAGAGUCUUGAAGUAACAAUUCCAUUUGCUGUUAUUGGCAGUGAUAAAGUCAUACGAGUUGUUCCUGAGAGCGAGAGGGAAGCACAGAUCCUGAGGGCUGCAUUCAACAGGCUUAAGGUGGACUUGUGGCAGCCCAGCAGCCCCUUCCACAUCGUCGAAGGUGCAGUCGCUGAUGUGCGAGUACCGCAGAACACGACACGGAGCCUGCUGCCCUUCCUCCAGCAAGAAAACGUCCAGUACACGAUUCUCAUAUCAGACCUACAGCAAGCAAUAGAAAACCAAACUGGAGGGAGGUCCCAUAGGAAUCGAAGGUCCCUCUCUGGGUAUAACUAUGAAGUGUACCACUCCCUGGAAGAGAUCGAGGACUGGAUGCAUUAUCUGAAUAGAACUUAUUCAGAUCUUGUUCACAUGUUCUCUGUUGGAAAAUCCUAUGAAGGCAGACCACUGUAUGUACUCAAGUUAGGUAAAAGAUCACGGCCCUACAAGAAAGCUGUCUGGAUAGACUGUGGGAUUCAUGCAAGAGAGUGGAUUGGCCCAGCCUUUUGCCAGUGGUUCGUGAAAGAAGCUCUUCAGACAUACCAGACUGAUCCUGAUAUGAGAAAGAUGCUAACUCAGCUGUAUUUCUAUAUCAUGCCUGUAUUUAAUGUGGAUGGAUAUCAUUUCAGCUGGACACAUGAUCGAUUUUGGAGAAAAACAAGAUCAAAGAACAUGAGGUUUCACUGUCAUGGUGUUGAUGCUAAUCGCAACUGGAAAGUGAAAUGGUGUGAUGAAGGUGCUUCAUUACACCCAUGUGAUGACACUUAUUGUGGUCCUUUCCCCGAGUCUGAGCCUGAAGUAAAGGCUGUUGCUCAUUUUCUUCGCAAACACCGGAAACAAAUAAAAGCCUAUUUGUCCUUCCAUGCAUAUGCACAGAUGCUGCUGUACCCUUAUUCCUACAAAUAUGCAACCAUUCCGAACUUCAACUGUGUGGAAUCAGCAGCCUAUAAUGCUGUUAAUGCUCUUCAGUCAGCCUAUGGUGUAAGAUACAGAUAUGGCCCUGCAUCCAGCACUUUGUAUGUGAGUUCUGGCAGCUCUAUGGACUGGGCCUACAAAAAUGGCAUCCCAUAUGCAUUUGCAUUUGAGCUGCGUGACACUGGCCAUUUUGGAUUUUUGCUUCCUGAAGUGCUGAUCAAACCAACCUGCACAGAGACCAUGCUCGCAGUUAAAAAUAUAACUCUACACUUGCUGAAGAAAUGUCAUUAA